AUGGGACCUGAAAGCAGCUUGAUCCUCGCUCUUCUCUGCUGGGCAGUGGGCGAGGUGGCUGCCUACCCACCCUGGGAUUUCUCCUGGGGUGACCCAGCAAGCCGAGGGGCACGGGCAGACCCCCACACCUGGUCCUGGGUGGAAGACCCCCAAUCUCGAGCCAUCUCCAGCCAGCAGCCCGUGAUGGUGGAGUGCCAGGAGGCUCAGAUUGUGGUGACGGUGCACAGGGACCUCUUUGGCACCGGCCGCUUGGUCAACGUGGCUGACCUGACGCUGGGGCCAGCGGCAUGCAAGCAUUCCUCGCUGAAUCCUGCUCACAGCACUGUCACCUUCACCGCCGGCCUCCACGAAUGCGGCAGCAUUGUGCAGGUCACGCCAGAUUCUCUCGUCUACCGCACACUCCUCAACUACGACCCCAGCCCCGCCAGCAACCCUGUCAUCAUUCGCAGCAACCCCGCCGUCAUCCCCAUCGAGUGCCAUUACCCCAGGAGGGAGAAUGUGAGCAGCAAUGCUAUCCGGCCCACCUGGGCUCCCUUCAGCUCCACACUGUCGUCAGAGGAGAAGCUGGUGUUCUCCCUACGCCUCAUGAACGAGGACUGGAGUUCUGAGAGACCCUUCACCGGUUUCCAACUGGGCGACGUCCUCAACAUCCAAGCAGAGGUGGACACCGAGAGCCACGUGCCACUGCGGUUGUUCGUGGACAGCUGCGUGGCCGCCCUGAGCCCUGGCACUGACUCCUCACCCCACUAUGCCAUCAUUGACUUCAACGGGUGCCUGGUUGAUGGGAGAUUGGACGACACCAGCUCUGCCUUCAUCACCCCCCGGCCUCGGGAGGACAUGCUGCGCUUCAGGAUCGACGUGUUCAGGUUCGCGGGGGAUGCCAGGAACCUGAUCUACAUCACCUGUCACCUGAAGGUGACCCCAGCGGAACAAGCCCCAGACAUCCUGAACAAGGCUUGCUCCUUCAACAAAGCCAGAAACACCUGGGCACCAGUGGAAGGCACCCGGGAUAUCUGCAGCUGCUGCGAGACAGGCAACUGCGAGUCCCCCGCGCUCUCCCGGAGACUCAACCCCCCUGAGCAAUGGUCCGGCCACCGCUUCCGCCGCCACGAUGCAAACAAGGCUGAAGGCGACGUGGUCAUCGGCCCCGUGCUCCUCUCCAGGGUCCCGGGUGCCGUGGGAGAGCGGCAGGAGAGAGGUCAAG